AUGAACUGGCAUAAAUUAUUAUCCGAAUCCGCUCUUUCUAAAAACCCUAGAUCUCUGGCUCAUGAAGCGAGACAGAGUAAGCAAAAUUUGAACAAGCCUGACGUUCGCUGCAAGUCUGUUCCAGAAACAUCAAGGCCUCUCCAGAUGAAGAGGAAAUUCUGUGAAAAGAAUGCAACAGAGAUGUUGGAGCUCUUUGAAAUAGCCAAGAAAUCUGCAGAUGUGGCUAAUGCGAAGGGACUUCUCUUGGCUACAAAAGAGACAUCGAUAUGUGUGGACACUCUGGCUUUACUCAUUGAGUUCCCAAUCAGUUCAACAGCGAAAAUCAUUGUUACUAUCGCUUUCUUAUUCCUCAAGAAACAUAGAAAAUCAUUGUUUAUAUAUCAUCAUCAUCAUGAUUUCAUAUAUAACUCUGCACCUUGGAACAUGAUCACAUUUGACAAAGAAUUCAGAAAGAAUAAGCUUGAAAAAGGACCAAGAAUAACUGUGGAAAAAAUCAAUCAUUUGGUGAACUAG